CAUGCUUAAAGCCGACGAGUUGGGCUUCACAAAUGGGGAAUAUGUCUUCUUUAACAUUGACCUCUUUAGCAGCGAAAACCAGAGUAGACAGAGUUGGGUAAGAGGUGAUGGAAAAGAUACGAGGGCUAAAAAGGCAUACCAUGCCCUCAUGACAGUUACUUUAAAAAAGCCAGAAAGUGAUCUGUAUAUGAACUUUUCGAAGGCCGUUAGAGAAAAAGCUGUAGAGAUGUAUGGAGAUGUAGAAAUGGAUGAAAAUGAGGAAGUUAAUAGUUUUGUGGGAGCUUUUCAUGAUGCUGUCAUUCUUUACGCUCUUGCUCUGAACGAAACUUUAGCCGAAGGUAAAAAUGCAACCGACGGUGGAACUAUAACUCGUCAUAUGUGGAAUAAGACUUUCAAAGGAAUUACUGGUACUGUAAGCAUUGACGCUAAUGGUGACCGAAAUGCCGAUUAUUCGUUACUCGAUUUGAAUGCUGACGGUGAAAAAUUUCAUGUUGUCGCGAACUAUUAUGGUAAUAGUAAAAAAUAUGAAAGUACUCCCAAUAAAAUACACUGGCCUGAAGGAAGAGACGCUCCUCCUCCUGAUGUUCCAAAGUGUGGUUUCUCAGGCUGCAGAGAAACAAAUUUUCCCAGCUACUAUAUUAUCCUGAUUAUUAUUGUUUCUAUCUUCAUCGUAUUUGGAUUUGUUUUUGUAGUCCUAUAUCGAAGAAUUUUUAAGGAUAGAGUAAUACCUGACAGUCUAUGGAAAAUUCAAUGGGAGAAUAUCGAUUUUGGUGGCGGUGAUCAUAAUUAUAGAGUUCCUAAUAUACAUCAGAGAGACUCCAUAACCGAAUCUACAAAUACGUCGAUGAUUAGUUUAUUAAACAACUUUAGCCGACCUCAAAUGUACACCAAAGUCGGAAACUUUAAAAAUUCUCAUGUUGCAAUAAAAAAGAUAUCUAAACCUGUGGCAAAUCCACCUUCAAAAAGUAUACUUUUGGAAUUUAAAAGGAUGAAGGAUUUACAAAAUGAUCAUAUUGUCCGCUUCAUUGGUUUUUGUAUAGAUGAACCUAAUCAAUGUAUAAUAUCGGAAUAUUGCUCUAAGGGAAGUUUAGAAGAUGUUCUAGGAAACGAACAACUCAAAUUGGAUGCUAUGUUUAAAUUCUCUUUAAUGCAAGAUAUUGUAAAAGGAAUGUCUUACUUGCACAGUAGCGAAAUAAAAACUCAUGGAAACUUAAAAAGUUCUAAUUGUGUAGUGGAUAGCAGAUUUGUUUUGAAAAUCACAGAUUUCGGAUUAUUUUCUUUGAGGUCGCGGCGUUCGAGUAAUCAAGAACAGAGCAUAGACACUUAUGCUUAUUAUAAAAGUAAAUUGUGGACAGCUCCUGAGUUAUUAAGGAAUCCGGUUGAUACUGGUAGUCAAAAGGGAGACGUUUACAGCUUCGCGAUUAUUUGUCAGGAAAUAAUUUACCGGAAUGGACCAUUUUGGCGGUAUGGUGAAGACUUCGAGCCUCCAGAAAUAUAUAGAAAAGUAAAGGAUAGGCAAAAGCCUUUUUAUAGGCCAACAUUAAUGGAAAUUGAAACUGCUCUUGAGACGGCUGAAAGCUAUCAAGAAUUGGCAAAUGUAAUAGAAAGAUGCUGGAGUGAAGAUUCUCUAGAGAGGCCCGAUUUUCAUACUUUAAGGGCAACUUUAAAACGAGUAAAUAAGCAGGGCAACGAACCAUUAAUGGAACAGUUACUCUCUCGUAUGCAGCACUAUGCCGAAAAUUUGGAAACCCUAGUCGAAGAACGUACUGCUGAUUAUUUGGAAGAGAAGAAGAAAGCUGAAAACCUAUUAUACAUGAUGCUUCCAAAAUCUGUUGCUGUACAGUUAAUGAAGGAUGGUAAAGUGGAAGCAGAGCAGUUCAACCAAGUGACUAUUUAUUUUUCUGACAUAUGCGGUUUUACCAAAUUAUCAGCUGAAAGUACUCCCGAACAAGUCGUUACUUUGUUAAAUGAACUAUAUACUACUUUUGAUUCCAUUAUCAAUAAUUUUGAUGUAUACAAGGUGGAAACAAUAGGAGACGCCUACAUGGUUGCUUCUGGUUUACCGAAGCGAACUGAUCUCCAUGCUAGAGAGAUUGCUAGAAUGUCUUUGGCUUUGUUAAACGCCGUAAAAGCGUUCAGAAUUCCCCACAGGCCAAAUGAUCAGUUAAAACUUCGUAUAGGAUUACACACUGGAGAAGUUUUAGCUGGUGUCGUUGGGUCAAAGAUGCCGAGAUAUUGUCUAUUCGGGGAUACAGUUAAUACUGCAAGUCGGAUGGAGAGUAAUGGAGAAGCCCUCAAAAUUCAUAUAAGUCCCUGGACGAAAACUGAAUUAGAUAAAUUCCAAACCUUCCAAACAGAAGAUCGAGGACCAGUUGACAUGAAAGGAAAGGGCGCGAUAUUCACUUACUGGCUAAUUGGUGAAUUACAUCCUGAUUAUCCAGAUUUCGCUCCGAGAAAUGCAUGCGAUUACCGGAUUCAAACUCCUAAUAUUCGUCUCAACCAGUCUUCAUCUUUGGAUUCUACUGUUCAAAACUCCAACUUAUUAGACUCAUCCAACCCCGACUUACCCAGGGUUCUACAAAACGGUCACAUUUUAACAGACAAGAAUAGCUUACCGUAA